AUGGUUCCACCAAAGGCCGUACCCAAGGAUGAGAAGCAGGUGAUCGCAGAUGCCGAGUUCCUCUUCGAUCUUUUCCGAGCAUCCCCCAAGCCCAUCCUGAUCAACAUCGGCUACUAUGCAGAAAAGGAGAAAGCGAAACCGAAUUCAAUCGUCAAACGUCUCAAUCUGAUCAAAUCACGCAACAACCUGAACCUCGCCACAACUACUGUAAUCUCGGAUGAGGACAGAAUCCUUGGUGGUGCUUUAGCUGCAAACAAACCCAAAGCCAACAUGGAGAAAGAGAACGCAGAAGAGAGCAAGCUGGGAAAGGCUCGUGCCGUUCGUGCUUGCCGGACUCGUGGAAAUUUGAAGAUCGAGGAUGGCGUCAACAGUGAGGCAGGCGAUAUCAACGCUCUUCCGUCUCCAGCCGCUUCUACGAUGACAACCACCUCAUCAAGCAAGUGGGAGAAACGCCGUGUUGUCAUUGAUGGAGAAGAGACGGGUGAUGAGGAUGACGAGGAUGUGAAGCCGCCUACCAAGAGAAUCAAGACUAAGGCUUGA